GUUUGGUUGACCGGCAAGACCCAGCGCCCGCCCCUCAUCCGUGAUUGGUGGAAACUGUCACGGCGUACUUUUCCGGUUUGGCUGGACCUCACUGUCAAUCAGAGAGGGCGUCGGCAACGGAACCCCACCCUCGUCCGUGAGGUCAUUUCCUGGAUACGACGCGGAGCCCUCCGUAACUAAGAAGCCACUGAGAGACUGCAGCAAUCGGAAGAAUUAGAAGUUAAUAUUCAGCACCCAGUUAUUUGCUCCUUUACUGUUGUGAUGGCUGGAAUAAUCUUUUGUGAAGCCACAGAGCUCUAUAAUUUAUUGAAUCAAUGCACAAAGUACUCCAGGUUAACAGAGCCUAUUUACCUCUAUUUAGUUGAUGUACGAACAAAGUCUCAGUAUGAUGAAAGUCAUGUGAUAACAGCCAAGAGAGCAAAAAUGGAUGCAUAUGGUAAUUAUUUGCUACCACAAGAUAUAGAGCUUGAGUGUGUAAAGUAUUGUGUGGUGUAUGAUGGACACACAAAAUCAUCUGACGUGGAAGGUCCUGCUAUACUAUAUGCAAAGCUGCUGGAAGUUAUCAGUCGCCAACCUAUCAUGGUCCUAAAUGGUGGGUACGAAUUCUUCUCUGCCUGCUAUCCAUUCUUCAGGACACAGAAAAUAUUUUACAUGCCACAGGAACUGGAUGCUUUUGAACCCUAUCCUGCUGAGAUUUUACCAGCCAAACUUUACAUGGGUGCUUUUAAACAAGCCUCUGACAGACAGAUUCAGAAAAAUCUAAAAAUCAAGGCUUACCUCAACCUCUGUCGUGAAAAAGAGAUCAUCAUUGCAGAAGAGAGCUUUACUCCAAUUUUACACGUUCCUUCUUCAGAAGAAACUAAUCUUCUGGCCCACUUCCCAAUGAUGUGUGAAUUCCUCGAUGAACAAUUAGAUAAAGGUGCGGUGCUGGUAUUCUCCACUUUGGGUAUAAGUCGUUGCUGUACUACAGUGAUGGCCUACCUCAUGUAUUCUCAGAAAAUUACACUGAAGGAUGCUUGGGCGCUUGUUCAGAAGUGUAAAGCAACCAUUCGGCCACAUCGAGAUUUUGUAUGGCAACUUUCUAAAUGGGAGAAAUCUGUAUUGGAGCAAAUGAUCACAAAUGUCUCUGACCCUUAUUACUGAAAUUUUUGUAAGCUGUAAAAACUAAGGUGCAUUCACCAUGAAUUUACAAUUGAAUACAUUUCUGUUUUUUUAAGAGCUAAUAACUUGAUUAAUGAAAGAUGCCCAAGAUUUAAUUUAUACUGACACUGAUUUUAGUUUUCAGUAGAAUUCUUAAUUGUGAUUGUAACAUUUUGUAUAACAACAAAUGAAUGCAUCUUGGAUUGUAUGUAGUGGAUUUAUCAUUAAUUUGUAUUUCAAGCUUUCAUAUGAGUGCAGUGUUAAAUGUUGUUUUAAAUGAUGCCUGACUGUCCCAACUGUUAUCAGAACACCAGGCUGAACAGCUGUUGGGGAAAUUAGUCAUCAUAUUGUUUGGAUUUAUUUUGCCCUCUCCUGAAUCAACACUUUUUUUUAACAGUUGAAAAUGGAAUU